AUGGAGCUCCAAGUAGUAGUAGAAACAACUUCCACCACCUACAUCAAACCUUCUUCCCCAACCCCACCCCACCUCCAAACCUACAACCUCAGCGGAAUGGAUCAAAUCAACCCGCAAAUCUACGGCCCCGUCAUCCUCUUCUACCCUCCUCCGCCGCAACCCGACCACCGCCGAUCAUCCCUCCUCAAGCAGUCCUUAUCCGACACCCUUUCUCGCUACUACCCCUUAGCCGGGAAAUUCAGACACGACGGCCUCUCCAUCGACUGCAGCGACGCCGCCGCCGGGGCUUACUACGCCGAGGCCAGAAUCGUCGAUCGAAACACCUCCCUCUCCCAAUUCCUCGCCGAAUUAAACCUCGCCGCAAUCAAUCACCUCUUCCCCCUUUCCGCGGUGGAGAAUAAUAACAUCCUAUCCCCGCCGCCGCCGGGAUCCCCUGUAAUCCUCUUGCAGGUAACGUGGUUCCCCUGCGGCGGCGCUUCGAUCGCUCUGCUGGUGGCGCACAACGUGCUCGAUGCUUCGUCGAUCGGGUGCUUCCUCCGUGCCUGGGGCGGCGCCGCCGCGGCUCUGAUCCGGAAUCAGCCGCCGGUGGCCGGUGGUGGUGACGGUGGUUCUGGGAUUUGGGAUCCGAAAUUCGGCGGGGAUUCGAUUUUCCCGCGGAAUGAGAUGCGAUCGCCGUCUCCGGCGGCGGUGACGGCGGCGGAGCAGAGGAAUUCGCCGGCAGUUACCAGAAGGUUCGUCUUCAAUGCGACCGGCUUGGCGAGUCUGAAAGAGAAAUUGAUGGAGCCAAUGAUCAGUAGAGUGCAAGCAGUAACUGCAAUUCUCUGCGAGUCGAUUCUGCGGGCCAUCGCCGCCAGCAGAGCGCCGCCGUCGGCGGUGGUCGUGACCCAAGCUGUCAACCUGCGGCGGAAGGGGUACCCGCCGCUGCCGUCGAAUUCAUUCGGCAACUACGUAAUCAACGCCGUCGCUACGAUCGACCCACGUGAGAUUGAAGACCCGAGCUGCUGCCUGGUGAAGCUGCUGAUGGAUUCGGUGGCGAAGAGGAGCGGCGGCGGGUUCGUGAGCAAGAUUCAGGGGAGGGCAGGGGCGGCUCUGUUGGCGGAGGCGGCGGCAGAGGAGUACAGGGCAGGACGGCGGCGGAUCGGUUUCACGAGCUGGAGCCGGCUGGGGUUGUACGACGCGGAUUUCGGGUGGGGGGAGCCGGCGUGGCUGGGCUUGCUGCCGAGCGAUGAAGCGGACGACGGCGGCGGCGGCGGCGGGGUGGUGGAUUUGGUGAUGAUUUUGGACACCAAGGACGGAAGUGGGUUGGAAGCGUGGGUGUUAUUGGAGGGAAAUGAAAUGGGUAUGUUGGAGAAUGACGAGAAACUCCUCUCCUUUGCUUGUUUGGAUCCCAGGCCACAGUUUACCCCGGAUUCGACUGUUCGAUCUCGACUCUAG